AUGAGUCUUUUUCUGGUGAGUCCGUUGCGUAAGCAAAGAACGACAGUAUCCCCGGCCCACGGAGACUUGCAAAGGGGUGUGUUUACGGAAACACAGCUUCCCACAGAAGUACAAAGAGCCAGGCCAACAGGCCAUGGGGCCGGACUUGAUGGUCAUUCCGAUUGGGUCAAGGGGGAGAGUGAAUGUGGAGGAAAGGACACAUGGUCCGGUUCCCAACGUAGCCUGCCGAAUAGGCACAUAUCUUCUUCCUUUGGCCAUCCUGAUCGAGAGGCAACACGUUUCGGCAUCUCGGCCUCAUGCAAGGGGGCAGAGGGGAGGACAUUUCUUUGCAUGGAACCCUUUUGCUGGCUUCCCCAUUUCCACCCCAUGACCCAAUUGGGACGUAUCCGUGACACGAGAAAGCCAGCCUCCAAGUCCCCCUCAAAGUCAGCAGGACAGGAGAAAAUGAUUCCUUCAAGAAAAUAA